AUGAGGGUCAUUCCCGUAGUCAAAGCAGACACUGGCAAAGUCCAGGUAGCGGAGCAAAUUGGCAGUGACAUAAAGUGUCGGAUCAACCUGGUGGAGGCAGACAGUGCCCGGAAUUGUUACUCUUUGAUUACAUUGCAGUCGUUGGUGCAAUGGCUUCAUCCCUGUUGGAUCAAGUCAUGGGUGGAUAAGAUGCAAGAAGACCUUGUCACACUGGCAAAAACAGCAAGUGGAGUCAGUCAGCUGGUUGAUAUUUAUGAGAAAUACCAAGAUUUGUAUACUGUGGAACCAAAUAAUGCACGCCAGCUGGUGGAAAUUGCAGCCAGGGAUAUUGAAAAACUUCUAAGCAACAGAUCUAAAGCCCUGGUGCGCCUGGCUUUGGAAGCAGAGAAAGUUCAAGCAGCCCACCAGUGGAGGGAGGAUUUUGCAAGUAAUGAAGUUGUCUACUACAAUGCAAAGGACGAUCUGGAUUUAUUAAUCAUAAUUUUUAUUAAUUUCUUUCUCUUUUAUUUUUUGUUAGCAACAAUUGUGUUAAAUGAACUGAACUGGACAAGUGCCUUAGAUGAAGUUUUCAAAAAAAAUCGAGAUGAAGAUCCUUCAUUGCUGUGGCAGGUGUUUGGCAGUGCCACUGGCCUGGCCAGAUAUUAUCCAGCUUCUCCAUGGGUUGAUAACAGCCGAACUCCAAACAAGAUUGAUCUUUAUGAUGUACGCAGAAGACCAUGGUACAUCCAAGGAGCUGCAUCUCCCAAAGACAUGCUUAUUCUGGUUGAUGUGAGUGGAAGUGUUAGUGGGUUGACACUUAAAUUGAUCCGAACAUCUGUCUCCGAAAUGUUGGAAACCCUCUCAGAUGAUGAUUUUGUGAAUGUAGCUUCAUUUAACAGCAAUGCCCAGGAUGUAAGCUGUUUUCAGCACCUUGUACAAGCAAAUGUAAGAAACAAGAAAGUACUAAAAGACGCAGUGAAUAAUAUCACAGCCAAAGGGAUUACAGAUUAUAAGAAGGGCUUUAGCUUUGCUUUUGAACAGCUGCUUAAUUAUAAUGUUUCCAGAGCUAACUGCAAUAAGAUUAUCAUGCUGUUCACGGAUGGAGGGGAGGAGAGAGCCCAGGAGAUAUUUGCCAAAUACAACAAAGACAGAAAAGUACGUGUAUUCACAUUUUCUGUUGGUCAACAUAAUUAUGACAGAGGACCUAUUCAGUGGAUGGCCUGUGAAAAUAAAGGUUAUUAUUAUGAAAUUCCUUCCAUUGGGGCGAUAAGAAUCAAUACUCAGGAAUAUUUGGAUGUUCUGGGAAGACCAAUGGUUUUAGCAGGAGACAAAGCUAAGCAAGUCCAAUGGACAAAUGUGUACCUGGAUGCACUGGAACUGGGACUUGUCAUUACUGGAACUCUUCCGGUCUUCAAUAUAACUGGCCAAGUUGAAAAUAAGACAAAUCUAAAGAACCAGCUGAUUCUUGGUGUGAUGGGAGUUGAUGUGUCUUUGGAAGAUAUUAAAAGACUAACACCACGCUUUACACUGUGCCCUAAUGGCUAUUAUUUUGCAAUUGAUCCUAAUGGUUAUGUUUUAUUACAUCCAAAUCUUCAGCCAAAGCCUAUUGGUGUGGGUAUACCAACAAUUAAUUUAAGAAAAAGGAGACCCAAUGUUCAGAACCCCAAAUCUCAGGAGCCAGUAACUUUGGAUUUCCUUGAUGCAGAAUUAGAGAAUGAUAUUAAAGUGGAGAUUCGCAAUAAAAUGAUAGAUGGAGAAAGUGGAGAAAAAUCCUUUAGAACUCUGGUUAAAUCUCAAGAUGAGAGAUAUAUUGACAAAGGAAACAGGACAUAUACAUGGACCCCUGUCAAUGGAACAGAUUACAGUUUGGCCUUGGUAUUACCAACCUACAGUUUUUACUAUAUAAAAGCCAAAAUAGAAGAGACAAUAACUCAGGCCAGAUCAAAAAAGGGCAAAAUGAAGGAUUCAGAGACGCUGAAGCCGGAUAAUUUUGAAGAAUCUGGCUAUACAUUCUUAGCACCAAGAGAUUACUGCAAUGACCUUAAAAUAUCAGAUAAUAACACUGAAUUUCUUUUAAAUUUCAAUGAGUUUAUUGAUAGAAAAACUCCAAACAAUCCAUCUUGUAACACGGAUUUGAUAAAUCGGGUCUUGCUGGAUGCAGGUUUUACAAAUGAACUGGUGCAAAAUUACUGGAGUAAGCAGAAAAACAUCAAGGGAGUGAAAGCUCGGUUUGUUGUGACUGAUGGUGGGAUUACCAGGGUUUAUCCCAAAGAGGCUGGAGAAAAUUGGCAAGAAAAUCCAGAAACCUAUGAGGACAGCUUCUAUAAAAGGAGUCUUGAUAAUGAUAACUAUGUUUUCACUGCUCCCUACUUUAAUAAAAGUGGACCUGGUGCUUAUGAAUCAGGCAUUAUGGUAAGCAAAGCAGUAGAAAUAUAUAUCCAAGGAAAACUUCUUAAACCUGCAGUUGUUGGAAUUAAAAUUGAUGUAAAUUCAUGGAUAGAGAAUUUCACCAAAACAUCAAUUAGGGAUCCGUGUGCUGGUCCAAUUUGUGACUGCAAAAGAAACAGUGAUGUAAUGGAUUGUGUGAUUCUAGAUGAUGGUGGCUUUCUUUUAAUGGCAAAUCAUGAUGAAUAUACUAAUCAGAUUGGAAGAUUUUUUGGCGAGAUUGAUCCAAGUUUGAUGAGACAUCUGGUUAAUAUAUCCGUCUAUGCUUUCAACAAAUCCUACGAUUAUCAGUCGGUGUGUGAGCCUGGUGCUGCCCCAAAACAAGGAGCAGGGCAUCGCUCUGCAUACGUGCCAUCAAUAGCAGACAUAUUACAUAUUGGCUGGUGGGCGACAGCUGCUGCCUGGUCUAUUCUACAGCAGUUUAUCUUGAGUUUGACUUUUCCCCGGCUUCUGGAGGCAGUUGAUGUGGAAGAUGAGGACUUUACAGCCUCUAUAUCGAAGCAGAGUUGCAUUACUGAACAAACGCAGUAUUUCUUUGAUAAUGAUAGUAAGUCAUUCAGUGGUGUAUUAGACUGCGGAAACUGUUCCAGGAUCUUUCAUGUAGAAAAACUUAUGAACACCAACUUGGUAUUCAUAAUGGUUGAGAGCAAAGGGACUUGUCCCUGUGACACACGACUGCUCAUACAAGCGGAGCAGACUUCUGAUGGUCCUAAUCCUUGUGACAUGGUUAAGCAACCCAGAUACCGAAAGGGGCCUGACGUCUGUUUUGAUAACAAUGACUUGGAGGAUUAUACAGACUGUGGUGGUGCCUCUGGAUUAAAUGCCUCCCUGUGGUCCAUCAUUGGAAUCCAGUUUGUACUUCUUUGGCUUUUAUCUGGCAUCAGACACUGCCAGUUAUGACCUUCCAAAACCAAAUCUGCAUAAUUAAACUCCAGACCCUGCCUAAACAUGAGUCCUCAACUGCAGUAACCUAGGGUCAACCUCGGAUCAGCAGAACAUUAGCUGGGCCCACAACAUGGCAUAAGUCUAAGGCGCAGACUCAUAACGCACCCACUGGCUGCAUGUCAGGGUGCCAGAUCCUGCAACUUGUCUGAAUGUUGCAUCAUCCAUGUAUAACAUCAAAGCAAAAUUCUGUGCGUGCUUUCCUGGAAAAUUUGAAAGUUUGUUGUUGCAUUGUUGGUGAUUACUUGUAAAAGGGCUCCCCACACAACUGUUUAUGACUCAUAGAAAUUGUCUUGACUUUGACCUGGAAUUUGACUUGCUGCAAUCCUUGUUCUUUUACCAAGAAAACCUCUAGGGGAGAAAAAUGUCGUGUUUUUUUUUUUUGCCUUUACUUAUUCUGUUGACCAUUAUUUCCUGCUUUGAGUAGUUAUUAUUGAAAUAUGUAUAUAUAGAGAGAAUUAACAUCGAUGUAAUCUGUUGAAAUAGAAAUAAUGGCUAAUUUUCUAUAAAAAAAAUUUGCCAUGAAUAAAAUGCCUUAUGAAGAAUGGCUUCUCUGCCAAAAAAUAUAACACAGAUGAUGACUAAUUAAGUUUUGGUGGGGUAAUAAAUUGGUUGUUUGAAAAUAAUAACUAAGAAAUUAUUAUACUAAAGGUGCUUGAGGGUAAAAUUUGAAUAUGCGACGUAUUUCCUCACAAAUGUAAGCCCUUACUAAUUGCUUCAGUGUACUGGUCCUUUGUUCACAGUAGAGUUAUGUAGUGCUAGCCAGAUAUUUCAAAAUGCUCUAAGAAAAGCUUGUUGCGGGGAGGGGAAGAUGUUUUUUCUUGUGAUAAAUGAACUUUGGUUACCAAGGGUAUUUUGCAUGAUGCUGCUGCUAUUUUAACUUUCAGUUUGUUUUUCUCUUCACUGUAUAGUCCAUUGAACAGUUAACCGAGUGACAUUAUUGUUAUGUAAGAAUCUGAACCUUGCAGUGUAAUGCACCUAAGUCAUCUUUAAAAACGUUGUUAAACUACUCUGAAUAUACUGUGCAAUGUAAAUGCUGAAUGACUGGGUUAGAUAAACGGUGAAAUGGGAACUGACGGAUUUUAUACAGAUUCGUGCUUUUGCGUGAAAGCCUGUGUACAGAUAUUUUAAGUACAUAAAUCAGAUUUGACACAUUUAUUUUUUGAAAGCACAUAUAUGUUCUCAAUGAAGAUUCAUCCUAGGUUUCCUCUUUGUUCGUUUGAACAGUGGCACCUACAACCCAAACAUUUCUGCUGCUGCUGCUGCUGCUGCUUUCUCCCUCCAUUUGCAGUGGUCUGAUCACUUGACCACAAUUUCCAUGCAGGUUGAUAAGGGUUUUACUAAAAUCUGAACAAAUAGGAAACCUUGAAUCUAUAUGUUAUGCACAUGAAUACUUGAUGAUGAAUAAUCAAAAUUGUUUUAUACAGCCUCAUUGGUGAAAAUCGUUAGCAUAGUAAAUCAAAUAUUUCAUUAUAGAUGAAUAUGGAAGCUGAAUAUUACUUAUACUUUAAAAUUUAUUUUCAAGAGUAAACAGUAUUUAAAGAAAGGGUGAAAACUGAAUGUGUAACUCUAGUUGUAGCGAGUAAUUCUGCUGAAGGUUGGAAGUAUACAGAUAUUUUUUAUGGUAAAAUGCAUUUGUUCUUUUUUGAACAUGCCAAAUAUUGGUGUGUGUAUAUGCUGGGAAUUUUCUUAUAUAUCCUUUUAAAGUCAGAAUCUUAUUAAGAUUAUCCAGCAUGCUUUAAUAUGCUCCACAUAGCAAAGAUAUAACAAAUUCUUUAGCAUAGCUUAGAGGGUAUAUUUGUUUUGUCUUUAGCUUUGCAUACAUUUGUAAUCCCCUCCUACCGCCAAUAUACCCUAGGUACUAUUUGUGUACAUUUCCUUAUUUAAAAUAUUUUUUUAUUUAAAAAUGGGGGGAUUGGGAAAUGGAUUCACUUUGCCAACUAUUGUUCUAAGAGUCUACAUCAGUUACCAUUUCUAAUGCAUUGUGAUUUUGUAGUCUCAUUUGUAACUGGUAUUGACAUUUUAGAAAACACCAAAGUGAUUUAAAAACAAAAAGUGGAAUUUCUCACUCUAGAAAUGUUUAAAUCAUGUUGUUUGUUAAUUAAAUAUUUAAAACUUAUUGUUAACUUUUGCUAGACUAUUUUAAAUCAAGAAAGUGUUGGGAGGGGGUAUCAAAAUAUAAAAUUGUUAGUUUGUGUAUAUAAGCAACACAUUAAACAAUGGAAUUGCUUCCAGCAUACAACAGACUACCUUAAAAUUAUCUUUAAAAUCUAUUAAAUAUAUUUUCAUGACUAAUGUCACUGAAAUAGUAUGUAUUCAUUGACUACAUUAUUGUAUUAAUGACAGUUAAAUGUGGCAUCUCUUGGCAGGAUCCUAUUUGAUUUCAUUUGCCAUCAAAAUAUAUUUAAUGCAUGAGUCUUGCUAUGAUCCUUUAUUUUCUGCGAUACAAUAUACUAAUAUAUUAUGACAGCCACAUACAUGAUUAUAAAUUGGGUAAGAAUGUGCUCUGACUAAAAAUUGUUCUGGGUCCUAAUACUUGUCUUCAUGCCUUUUGCAUACUUACUUUUCUGUAAGACAGUAACACUCAUCCCAUCAAAUUUUUAUCUUUAAUUUCAGAUUUUUCUCUGAGUUCUAAUUGUUGUCAAAAACUUAAAUUUUAACCUAUUAUAUAUAUUGAGUUUCUAAGACUGAACAGUACAAGAAAUCAAGAGAAAAGCUCUUAAACUCUUCAUUUGUGCAAUACUCAUACAGCUUUAAUGUAGUUUGUCAUUAAAACGAAUUCAAAUCACUCUUGCAUUGGUGUUGAGUAACAGGAAUAAAUUUUGCAUUAAUGGUUUUCUUCAUUUGAACAACCAGCAUUACUGCCAAACACCUAUCGUGGUCCAUAUUUGUACCAGGUUUUUAAUAUGACAUAGUUAGCAAGUUUGAUUGAAGAGAUUUUGAGGUCCUGGACCUGUAAGAUUUUAGUAUGAUCUUUUUUCAUGUUUCUAAUGCUUGAAGCAUUAUUGCUUAACUUGGAAAACAAAAACAUAAAAACGGAACAGUGUUGCUGCCAUUUGUAAGUUUUCUUGUAAUAUUCCUUUUAUUAACUUUAAAACGGGCCUUACUGGAUUCAAAUAGGCAGUAUCCCUUUUAAGUGACCUUUCUGACCCAAGUGUUACUUGCUUAUUUGAUGCUCUCUUGUAUUUUCCAUCUCAUUUAAAUCUUUCUCUCCACCAAAGCUGAAAUUCUAUGUCUUAAUUUAAAACUCUAAACUAUUCCAUUGAUCAUGUUAGUUGACAUUAAAAUGUCCAGAGAUACAGAGUUUGAUUCAGUGAAACAAGUCUAGUGACUUUGUUUUUUAAAAAAGUGUAGAAUAGAAGGAUGGUUUCACUUUCCCCCAAUUUCAAAUACUUUAUUGUAAUCGGAAUGUUGUUUUCCUCAAAUGUUUCCUCAGAAUGUUAAUAUUGCUAAUAAUCCAUGUGCAUUGAUGUAAAGAGCAAAUCAAUAUAACUCAUGUAUCAAGUGUUGGAAAAGAUCCAGAAUUUCAAAAACUUAGACAACCCUUACCAAUAGUUUCAUGUUCUUUGUUUAUAUAGCUCACAUAAUUCACUCGGAGAAAUUCCUCUGAGACUAAUGGGAUACUGUCUUGUAUAGAUGCCAAUUGAGUUUACAGUGUGACCUGACAAAGCUAUCGUUUUUGUUGUGCUGUAUGGUUGUUGGAUCAUGCUUUUUAGGAUGUUUUUAUUAAAAUGCUCAGUGUGCAUCCAUGCAAAAGGCCAAGUGGCUUUGUGAACAAAAGAUCUUUUCUCCCAUUUAUUCUGUUCUCUUGACACUUUUGUGAAAAUCAAGUAGCCUGAUAAAAACAUUUUGUAAAAAUUUGUAUAAUACUGUUAUAAAAAUAUUUAUAAUCCCAGAAAAUGUUGUGUUAAAUCUUGUGCAAAAACAGUAUAUUCAGAAUAAAAGUUUAUCAUUUAAAGUCA